AUGCCCUGGAACCGCUCCAAGAUUGCGGUUUUCGACUACUUUGAUAAAUAUAUUUUUUUAUGUGAAAUGUACGACGAAGAAACAGACACAAUGGUGGAAUUAGUCCUCAACUUCUUUCCUUUUGAUAAUUCCGUUCAAGUUAUUGAUCCUCAAAAAGGCAAAAAUUUACUUCGUCGAGUCCAACUGCCGACGCUAACAAUGGAGAUGCUACAAAUAGGCAAUAUUGUUAACAUAUUUGCUAAACUGAUUCUUAUAAGGGAUUGCGCUCCCAUCACGAAGCGAACUUUGUUCAAUAAAAUGGAGAGUACAUUCGCUUUCAUCAAGCCCGGCCCUCCGAGCGACAACGGAAAAAUUCUGACUUACAUAAUGAAAAAAGGCUUUAGAAUCGUUCGCAUGAAAAAUGCCAAAGUUACUAAAGAGUUAGCGAUGGAAAUUUAUCAAAACUGCGCCGGAGGCGAAAUGCUACCCAUCAUAAUAGACUACGUAACAUCCGGCGAGGUCGUUGCUUUAGAGCUGGUAGCUCCAGAUGCUGUGAAAUACUUUCGCUCUUGCUUGGGUGCUACGGAUCCUAAAAAAGCCGCGCCCGGGACCCUGAGAUACCUUUACGGUCAUGAUACUCUAAGAAAUGUAGCGCACGGCUGCAAUACUCGAGAGGACGCCGCAAAGAUAAUAGACUGGUUCUUCGGCCAAGAAAACAAUCGCCCUAAAGUUCCUUAUCAAGCAACUCUCAAAGAUUGCACAUGCUGUGUAAUUAAACCUCAUGUGUUGAUCGACGGACAUCUAGGAAAUGUUAUCGAUCGAAUAAGUACCUCGGAUAUCUUUUAUAUUUCUGCGAUGGCGAUGUUUUCAGUAAAGAUUCAUGAUGCAAAAGAGUUCUUUGAAAUAUAUAAAGGAGUCUUGCCUGAAUAUGAGGAAAUGUGCAUUCAUCUCUCAGAGGGUAAAUGCGUUGCUUUAGAAGUAAAGUGUAACAAACCAAACAUGAACGUUGUUCAAGAAUUCAGGAAGUUUUGCGGACCGCGAGAUCCGGAUCUGUGUCGCCAGCUGUACCCAGACUCCCUAAGAGCACUGUAUGGGAAAAAUUAUGUCCACAACGCUGUACACUGCACAGACUUGGACGAGGAUGCGGAGUUGGAAGUGGAAUACUUUUUCAAACUCUUGGCCAAUAUGCACGACUGAUUUGCAACUUCAUAUUUAUGGUGAUACCUAUGGUAUUAGUAAUAUAAUUAUGC